AUUAAAAAAAUCAUUGAAUUUAUGAGAGAAUAUGUGAGGGAUAGACUGAGUUUGAAAACGCCUUGCUCGUGUGUAGAUAUUUCGCCCUCAAGGUCUCAACUGGCUACUUGUAGUGGUAGGUACCUGAGAGAAAAAUGGCCGGUUUUCUCACAUCGUUUCUUCAAAUUCAAUCACCGGUAUUUCUUCCAUAUUCACUUUCCUCAAUUCCUAAUUUGAAUGUUCCACAUCCAAGAUUAAGUAGCAGAAGAAGAGUAAGGAAAGCUCUACGUUUGGUUAUGGAAGCUAACUCCAGCAACGAAACUUCGACAAAAUUGGUUACUUUUCUGGGGAAAGGAGGUUCUGGAAAGACCACUGCAGCUGUCUUUGCUGCACAGCUCUAUGCAAAAGCAGGGCUUAGGACAUGUUUGGUGACACAUUCUAUGGACCUCACAGCCGAAUACCUUCUGAAUUGUAAAAUUGAAACUACUCCGAUCAUGUGUAGCGACAACCUUUCAGUAGCUAGGUUGGAAACAACUAAAAUGCUCCUUGAUCCACUUAAGCGGCUGAAGAAAGCUGAUGCUCGUAUUAACAUCACACAAGGGGCCCUUGAAGGGAUCGUUGGGGAAGAACUGGGCGUACUUCCUGGAAUGGAUUCUAUACUUACUGUUUUUGCCCUGGAAAAGUUUGUGGGAACCUUAGGAAUUAAAGCCCUGAAAACUGAUUACAAGGACAAGUUUGAUGUAGUCAUAUAUGAUGGUAUAAGUGCCGAAGCAACUUUACGAAUGAUAAGUGCUGCAAGUAGUGUAAGGCUAUAUGUUAAAUAUCUACGUAGCAUAGCUGAAAAAACUGAUUUUGGAAGAUUAGCUGGUCCAUCAGUGUUAAGAUUGAUAGAUGAGGCCAUAAAUUCGAGUGGAGGCAGCUCCACUUUUAAUGGAAAAUUGAGUUCGGAGAUAUGGGAUUCUCUUGAGAGGAUUCUUGAGAGAGGGGCUUCUACCUUUGCAGAUCCGCAACAGUUUGGCUGCUACAUUGUAGCAGAUCCAUGCAAUCCCAUCUCUAUGAAUACUGCAUUGCGUUAUUGGGGUUGUACAAUCCAAGCUGGGUCAAAUAUUUCUGGUGUACUAGGCAAAGCUUCUCAAGAGUUUUCUGUGGAAUCUGUGGAAAGUGUCAAAGAAAGCUUCUUGCCUUUGCCAUUUGCUUUCAUCCCAAAUCUUCCAAAAUAUUCUUCCUUGGAUUGGGAUACGAUAAUGUCACAUACUGAGAGUAAGAAUGCAAGAGAUCUGCUGAUUGAGAAGCCUAGCAACAUUCUGUCACCAGUCAAGUUUGAUCCAUUGAGGAAGUGUGUCACUCUUUUCAUGCCUGGUUUUUCCAAGUCAGAGAUCAAGCUGUAUCAGUACCGGGGUGGAUCAGAGUUGCUGGUGGAAGCCGGGGACCAGAGGAGAGUCAUCAAGCUACCUCGUGAAAUUCAAGGAAAGGUAGGAGGUGCUAAGUUUACUGACAGAAGUCUUAUAAUUACAAUACAAUAGUGAUUCUCUCAGGAGGUGCUAAGUUCCGAGACAAAAAUCUUGUAGUUAGAAUACAACAGUGAUUCUCUCACGGCACUUGAUACAGCGUUGUAGUAUGUAUGAGCACAUUAAUAAAUAUUCGAGUUGUAUGUAACUUUUUUGUUGGCCUAAACUUUAAAAUCAUGAUUUUUCCCUUU